AAAAAAAAACCAUAUAUUUCUCCUUUUUCCAUUUUUAAGAGGAAGAAGAAGGAGAAGGCUAGGGAUUUUGAUUCACAAGCUCUCUUUUGCAUCAUUAAUAUUCAUUCCCACCUUCUUCUUCAAUGGCGCAAGUGAAACUGCUCUGUCUAUUUGCUCUGUUUUUAACUAUUACACAGCUCUUCAUAGCAGGUGUAAAUUCAGCUGCAACAUUUACAAUGGUGAAUAAAUGCCAGCAAACAAUUUGGCCUGGAUUAUUAUCUAACGCCGGAAUUGCUCCACUUUCCACCACUGGUUUUGUUCUACAACAAGGUGAAUCGAAAACAAUCAGUGUGCCCACUUCAUGGGGCGGCAGAUUCUGGGCUCGUACACAUUGUACCGAAGAUCCCACCGGAAAAUUCACCUGCGCCACCGGCGAUUGCGGCUCCGGUAAGCUCGAAUGCGCCGGCGGCAACGCUGCACCGCCGGCAACUCUAGCUGAAUUCACACUCGACGGAUCCAACGGGAUGGAUUUCUUCGACGUCAGUUUAGUCGAUGGGUACAACUUACCAAUGCUUGUGGUACCACAAGGUGGUUCUGGUAACAAUUGUACAAGUACCGGAUGUUUGGUGGAUUUGAACGGCGCGUGUCCGUCGGAGCUGAAAGUGAUGAGCGUGGGAGGCGAAAACGUCGCGUGUAAGAGCGCGUGUGAAGCUUUUCGAAAAGAUGAGUAUUGUUGCGCCGGAGCGUUUAAUAAUCCGACGACUUGUAAACCAUCAUCGUAUUCAACGUUGUUUAAAAAAGCUUGUCCGAGUGCUUACAGCUAUGCUUACGAUGAUAAAACGAGUACCUUCACUUGUGCUGGCGCUAAUAAUUAUCUUAUCACAUUUUGUCCUUCACCUAAUACCAGUCAAAAGUCAUCAUCAUCAUCAAGUGGACAAAAUCAAAAACCAGAAGAUAGUAACAAUCAAAACGACAACGACAAUAACAACGAGCCAUCAACGAUCAACAACUCUAUGGUAUAUGAUGGUGCAUGGGAUAUCAGUAGUGCAUCUCCAACCACCACGUGCAUGCACGUGUUCAAUUCACCGGCCAUAGCCGGUGCCGUCGCCUUCUUAACAGCCACUUUCCAGUUGCAUCGUCAGCUCUACUAAUUUUUUAUUUUCGACUUUUUGUUGACACUCAAAAAAAAAAUUAGGCGAAAAGGCCGGCCUGACCCGGCCCAUGUUAUUUUGUCGGAAUUUGGGGUGUUGUAUCACGUGUGGACCAUUAAAUUGGGCCUUGUGACCCACAUGUGUGGCCCAUGUGACGGGGAAAUGAGUCAGCUUACGUGUCAAUUUAAUUGACGUACACCUAAUUACCUUUUAAUUGGUGAAAAAAAGGUCUCUAUAGCCACAAAAUUUAGAUUUUUGAGGUUAUUUAAUUUUUUAUUUUUUAUUUGACUUUUUUUAGUUUUAUAUUUUAAAUUUGAAUUAAUAUUGGGAUUAGGUUUAGGAGAGGGAGAUUCAUUUGGUAGGUAGGUUUUAGCUAGAAAAAUUAUGUAUAAUAUGCUUUUAUGUUUGUAACCAUUCCAAGUUGGUGGAAAUUAUAUAAACUUAAAAAAACGGAUUGGUGAUUUAUUUCUUA